CUUCGCGCCACGGCCCAGUCCAAGCAUUGGCCGCUGACCGCCCGCGCGACCGCUGGGCUGGGCUGGAAACUUCUCGCCCGCGCGGACCGCUGGUGCGAAAACGCUCGCGCCACGCCUUCCAGCGCCUUCCAUAGAGGGUCCCUAACUCGACUCGCCGCGGCCCGCCGUCGCGCCGCAGGAGCGCCAUGGACGCCCUCCAGGCGACGGCCAUGGACCUCGACGACGCCGCCGAGGCGCCGCCGGACCCCCUCGAGGUCGCGUUCGAGGCCGCGGCGAACGCGUCGGACCCCGGCGCCGCGUACCUCGCCGUGCUCACGGACGCGGAGCACGCGCUGACCGAGGCCGGCGCGCGGGCCAAGGAGCAGUGCGUCUACAAGCUCGCCGAGCGAGAUUCGAAGAACAAGAACUUCGGCGACGUCGCCGUGCUCCUCGAGCGCGCGGCGCCGUUCUUCGGCCAGGUCGCCAAGGCCAAGGUCGCGAAGAUCGUGCGCAAGCUGCUGGACAUCGUCGCGGCGCACGCCGACACGCUCGACCUCCAGGCGGAGCUGUGCCUGAAGGUCGUCGCGUGGUGCCGCGCCGAGAAGCGGACCUUCCUGCGGCAGCGCGUCGAGGCGCGGCUCGUGCAGAUCGACUUCGAGCGCGCGCGCUACGACGACGCGCUGAGCCUCGUCACGCGGUUGCUGCGGGAGCUGAAGCAGCUCGACGACAAGCAGAUGCUCGUCGAGACGCACCUCGUCGAGGCGAAGAUCCACGGCGCGCUGCGCAACGUGCCCAAGGCGAAGGCGGCCCUGACGGCGGCGCGGACGAACGGCAACGCCGUCUACGUCGGGCCCCGGCUCCAGGCCGAGCUCGACGAGAUGUCGGGGAGCCUCCACUGCGAGGAGCAGGACUACCACACGGCCCACAGCUACUUCCUGGAGGCCUACGAGGCCUACGACACGCUGCCCGACCGCGAGGCGGACGCGACGCGCUGCCUCAAGUACAUGCUGCUCUGCCAGAUCCUGCAGGAGCCGCUCAAGGGCUCGGCGCGCGGCGCGGACGCGCUGCUCGACGCGGCGACGGCCGCGGCGACGAGCGCGCAGUACGUCAAGUACGCCGGCCCGAACCUGGACUCGAUGGCCGCCGUCGCGCGCGCCGCGAAGGCGCGGUCGCUCGCGCAGUUCGAGGCGUGCACGGCCAAGUACGGCGCGCAGCUCCGGUCGGACCUGCUCAUCGCGCACCACCUCGAUUUACUGUACGACCGCAUCCUCGAGAAGAACCUCGGGCGCAUCAUCGAGCCGUUCUCGCGCGUCGAGAUCGCUCGCGUCGCGGAGCUCAUCGGCCUGCCCGUCGCCAAGGUGGAGAAGAAGCUCGCGCAGAUGGUCCUCGACAAGAAGCUGCGCGGCGUCCUGGCCCAGGGCGAGGGCCAGCUCAUCCUCCACGCGGAGCUCGCCGGCGACGCGACGCACGACGGCGCGCUGGACGUGAUCCGCAACGUGAGCGACGUCGUCGAGUCGCUCUUCGCGCGCGCGAAGGCGCUCGACGUCUAACUUAUCUACUACUAUGCCCG